CCAUAAACAAAAAAAAAAAAAAAAAAACAAAAGUUGAUCAACGUCACCAUCUUCUCUUCCACAUUAUCCGCUGUUAUAACCCACCCACUACUCAGUCCUAUCUAGAUCCACCGUGGUCGGGUCGGGUCAAGAUCCGUUACAUUUGUCUACUCCCAACUUAUUUAACACAAACACAUUAGGAAUAUGGAGCUAAUAGUGUUGACUUUGAUUGUUGGUUUGUUAUUAAGUUUGCUGUUUUUAGCCCCUCGAUUUCUCAAAUCAGAUCAAAAACAAAACAUUCAUUCAGAUUCUAACAACACUAAGUCUGUGAAAGCAUAUAACAAGGCUGAAAUUUCCUUGCACAACAAGAGGACGGAUUGUUGGAUCAUUAUCAAAGAGAAGGUAUAUGAUGUAACACCUUAUGUUGAAGAACACCCUGGUGGUGAUGCAAUUCUGUCUCAUGCUGGUGAUGACUCAACCGAAGGAUUUUUUGGGCCGCAGCAUGCAACACGAGUAUUUGAUAUGAUUGAUGACUUCUACAUUGGUGAGCUAGAAAAAUGAUGGCAUUUGAUAUGUGGGAUGUGCAAUAUGUUUUUGGGAUUAUAACGUUAGUCUAGCUGGAUAUGACAUUCUUCGUCUAUAGUCCGUUUGAGCAAGAUGAAAAUUAAGUGUUCGGAUGUAGACUAUUAAUUGAAUUCAGAGACAUGUCCUUUUCAAUCUGUCUUACGACUUUGGCCUCUGACGCAUUUUCAAGCCAUUGUAUCUCAUCUAAAAGGUGACAAAAAAACGGAGAACAGGUGUAACAUUCAUUUUAGAUGUAAACAUCUAAAUGGUUUUAGUUUGAUUA